CCAGUGAAGGACUGGUAUGACAGAGGCCAUUCAGGGAUAUUUCGCUCACUGUUACUUAAAUAACACUUCACACUUGCUACUUUUACGCACAGUUAAGGAUUUGAAUCUAAACUUAUUUUUUUACCACAGAUAAUAAAACGGAUCAGGGGCCUUUCGUGACAAAUUAUAUAUAGUUUCUUUGCGAAAAGCGGAUGUUUUCCAGCCGGUGCACUUCCGGGUGGCUGAGCUAACGUUAGCGGUGCAGACAAACAGUAAACCCGGGACAAUGGCAGUAUUAGACUAGCUCUGCGAGCGGCCUGAGGAUGAGGAACAUACUAAUAAUGGUGCUUCUGGCUCCUUGCUGGGUCAACGGAGCUGUCAAGUCAAGAGCUACCACCGAGGACCACCUCGAGGAAAACCCGGAGUUCGAUGUUCUAAACUCCUUCCUGUCGGACUUUGAGGUGCUGCCAUGGUCGGGCCUCCAGCUGCACUCAGUCAGGAAGAGGGACCUCCACACCCAGUCCCACCUGGAGCGGCUGGUGAGCUUCACAGCCCUGCACAGGCAUUUCAAGCUUUACUUGACUACCAACACAGAACUUUUCACUGAAAACUUCAAAGCUGUGUUUGUAGAUAAACAUGGGAUGGAGGAGAACUAUGAUAUUCAGCUUCAGAACUACUUCACAGGACAUGUUGUUGGAGAGGAGAAUUCCCGUGUGCAGGCACACAUAGACGGAGAUGAGUUUUCAGCUCACAUUCUAACUGAAGAAGCAGAGUACAAUGUAGAGCCCCUAUGGAGGUUUACAGAUUCCCCAAUUGACGGCAGGUUGUUGGUUUAUCGCUCCGAAGACAUCAAGAAUCUGAGUCGCAUCGCCUCACCAAAGGUGUGCGGUUACGUCCACAUGGAGGACAUGGACCUGUUGCCCAAGACUACCAGGAGGGAUGGGCAGGAGGUGGAACAGAAAGAGGAGAACCACCACAGAGAGAAAAGACAGGCACACGACCACAAGAAGAACACUUGCCCCCUGCUGCUGGUCGCAGAUUACCGCUUCUUUAGACACAUGGGCCGUGGACAAGAGAGCGUCACUCUCAACUACCUGAUUGAGCUGAUUGAUCGAGUUGAUGACAUUUAUAGGAACACAACGUGGGAUGAUGAAUUCAAAGGCUAUGGGGUUCAGAUCCAUCAGAUGAUCAUCAACAAGGAGCCUACGAGGCCUCCCCCUGGUCAUGCUGGCAACGGCUGGGUCCACUAUAACAUGGAGAACAGCCCUGUGAAAGGAAAAGAGGUGUGGGACGUGAAGCGGCUGCUUGAGCAAUUCAGCUCAGACAUCGCUGGCAACGCCUCCAAUGUGUGUCUGGCCCACCUGUUCACCUACCAGGAUUUUGAUGAGGGCACAUUGGGGCUGGCCUACGUGGCCCCCUCCAAAGCUCAGGCCCUAGGCGGCCUCUGCCCAAAACCUUACUACCCGUCUCACUCCAUCAAGAAGCCCAGUUACCUUAACACAGGCUUGACCAGCACCAAGAACUACGGCAAAACCAUCCUCACAAAGGAAGCGGAUCUGGUGACCACUCAUGAGCUGGGCCAUAACUUUGGAGCAGAGCACGACCCUGACAACAUCCCCUACUGUGCUCCCAGUGACGACCACGGGGGGAAGUUCGUCAUGUACCCCAUCGCAGUGAGCGGGGACCAUUACAACAACAAGCGUUUCUCAAACUGCAGCAAGAUCUCCAUAGGAAAGACAUUACGUUCCAAAGCUCCAAUGUGCUUCAAGGAGAGGAACAGUAAGGUGUGCGGGAACUCCAGAGUGGAGGAGGGGGAGGAGUGUGACCCCGGGCUACUCCACCUAAAUGAUGACCCCUGCUGCUCCUCCAGCUGCAAGUUCAAACAUGGUGCGCAGUGCAGUGACCGAAACAGUCCCUGCUGUUUGAAUUGCAAGUUUGAACAGGCAGGUGUGAGGUGUCAGGAACCCAUUAGUGCAACCUGUAAAGGCAUAUCCUCCUGCACAGGCAACAGCAGCCAGUGUCCACCUCCUGAAAAUGCACUUGACAACACUGUGUGUGUUGACAGCGGCCGCUGUCACAAAGGAGAGUGCAACCCGUUCUGUGAGGCCAUGCAGAACCUUCAGUCCUGUGCUUGCAACGAAACGGAUAACUCCUGUAAAGUGUGCUGCAGGGGAAAAGAUGGCCGCUGCUCUCCGUUCAUCCAGGGCAAUACCAGCUUCCUUUACCUCCGCAAAGGAAAACCGUGCACUGUGGGCUUCUGUGACGGGGGCGGAAAGUGCAUGAAGCAGGUGCAGGACGUCAUCGAGAGGUUGUGGGAUUUUAUCGACAAACUGGACAUCAACACUUUCGGGAAGUUCCUGGCUGAUAACAUCGUGGGCUCAGUUGUGGUGUUUUCCCUCGUCUUCUGGAUUCCUCUCAGUAUUCUGGUCCACUGUGUGGACAAACGACUUGACGUUGAGUAUGAGGAGAACACAAAGUCCUUCUGCUACCCUCCAAGUAGUCAAGAAAUGCUGAACAACCUCGAGUCAGUGUCAGGCAUGCGCAUCGUCAAACCUCCUCAGCCUCCCUACUCCUCCGCCGGCCGGACCGCGCCCUCCUUCCAGCCCCUGCGGCCUCUUCCGCUAAGCCAGGUCGGGGGCCCCCCCGUGGCCAGCAGCAGCAGCAGCAGCAGCACCACCAGCAGUACCCCGGCCCCCGGCCCGAGUUACGUCCCCACCCCGGACAGCGCCGGGGGGCUGCGGAUGGCUACUAUCCAGGAGGACAACAGCAGCGAGUCUCACCUGGGAGAGGAGGGCCUGUCGGACGAUUUCACAACCGCAGGAGCCUGCUCGUCGGCUACGAAGUCCUCCUACGAGGAUCUGACAGAGCAGAACCAGCCGGGCCGAGAGCGGCGGCGCCUCCAGAGGCAGGACUGCAUUGAAACUAAAGAGACCGAGUGCUGAGUAAACAAUCCGCACUUUAAAAGCACCAACUUGUACAUGCGACCUGAGUGUUUUAGGGAACAUGCAAAUAUUAGCAGCUUCAUAUGCUUUUUUUUUUCUUAUCACAAGUCAUAUACAAAAAGAGUUUAGAGGGAAAAUCAUCCAUGUCAUUUAGAUCACGUUUCUAAGAACAUGUCAAGCAACACUGGAUAUUACUCACUUCCUUGCAUUGAGUCACAGAGAAAUGAUUCAUUAAAAAGUCUAGACUCACUGUGACUGCAGACAAAAUAGUUGUUGUGUGACUUAAAGUUUAUGUGUGAAAUAAUGCUGUGCCUUUCUCACUGAGGCAGACGACAUCCUGGGCCAGAAGCAGCCUUGGAAACCAGAGAGCCUUGUGGAUAAAUUCACAUUGGCCAGGUUCUAAAAACACAUCGUCUAGUGACAGUAGAACGGCCCAUACCUCCGCCACGGCCCGACUGUCCUCUUCAAGUCUAUCAAGCUGCACCAAAUGCAAACACUCCUAGAUAUUAGUCUUCUUAGUAUGUUGUCUUAAGAAAGCGUGAGUCCUUUCUCACAAAGUAUCCUGGAUCGUAUUGACUAAAUCGUUGUUUUGAUAAUAAUUUUAUUCCUAAGAACAAAAGCAAUUGAUCCCGAGGCUCUGUCUGCUUUUGUCUGUGUGCUGUGUUUAAAGUUCGAUUGUGGACCAUAAGAACAAAUAGGCCUCGAGUUAACUGUGUCAAUCUCGACUUUCCUGCUCAACACGCCUGUUAACAUGUUAAUGUUGUUGCC